AAAAAAAAUCUUUUUUUAAAUUUAAAAUAUGUGUCUUGUAGAGGGCGUAUAGGUCUGGAAAUAAACGUCAAAGAUAGCACAUUGUUUCAGUAUGAUUGAUGUUUACUUUUAAGUUCCGUUUGGUAUGCACGCUGUUUACAAUGAAAACUGAAAAUCAUUGCUUGUUAGACAUUCAAACACAAUUUUUGUGUUGUUUGCCAAUAAAAAAGUUCGCAUGGAAGGAUACAUUAAAGGAUCUAUCAUGGGAUGCACAAAAGAAUUUACUAAAUGAAACUGUGGAUUUGGUGAUACUUCAGAAAUAUCCGCUGGAUACGAAUUAUGUAAUUCGUUUCCUAAGAUUUGUAAUUAAUGAUUUGGAAAGUCAGGCUAUUGAAGUUCAUGACGACUUGUAUACAACACUUUGCGCGUAUCAAUCCAAAUCCAAUGAAAAUGCCGAAUAUUUUUACAAGCACUAUCGCAUUCGAGCAAAUGAAAAUGAUGAUUUUCAGACAGUAAUUCUCAAAGAAAAUCGAAAUAAAAUAUCGCAAGGUACGACCGGCCUUAAUAUUUGGGAAUCAGCGUUGGCCAUAAGUGAAUGGGCCCUUCAAAAUAAAAACAUAUUUGACAGUAAAAAUGUUAUCGAAUUAGGAGCAGGUACUGGACUCAGUAGUCUAAUCAUAGCAAAAUGUUGUUCACCGAAAUCCAUUUGCAUCACUGAUGGUCAUGUAAAAGUUAUUGAAAAUUUACUAGAAAAUGUGCACAAUAACUUUGAAAAAUCGUCUGACGAUCGUUUUCACCACGGCACCCAAACUGUGAUCGAUGCCAUGAUGUUAGAUUGGAUGACCAUAACUGAGAAAUUUAUCAAAGAACGUCUAAUGCAAGUGGACUUAAUCAUAGCUGCAGAUGUCAUCUAUGACAAUUUAUUGUUUGAAUCACUCUUAACUACCGUUCGAAUGCUCUUUGAUCACUGUGAUAAUUGUGAGAAAUUCAUGUUAGCGAACGCUGUUCGAAAUGAGGACACUGAACACGAAUUUUUGAUGAAACUUGGAACAUUUGGACUUCAGUAUCAAGUCGAACCUACCAUUACUUCAAAACUACUUUAUUGGGAACCAAAUGAGUUUUCUCCAAUUAAACUUUACUCGAUUACCAAAAAAAGACAAUAAACAGUUUUUACCGUAUCGGCAUUUUCCAUCGUAUAACAUCUGGGUUUAACUGAGCAAUGGGAAAUUAAAAUAAAAAGACAUUUGUUUUUUUGUUUAAAUAAAAUCUCAAUUUAUUCAAAA